CUCCAUCUAGUCACAACCGUUUCACAACGGUACCAAGUUUGGCAUUUAUUAACACCAUGGAACUGAAACAUAUGACUAAUUUAACAGCACAGCAUCAGGUACUUACACCAGGCAGUAUUUAAUUCGCAUUGGAGACGGGACUUGGUUGAUAGAUGUAUCUAGGUAACGCUAAUUAGCUGCUAACAAUGGCUAACUGUAUGGGUUUUCACACUCAAAUAGCCUCCAUCUUGGAGGUGCUAGCGAAUGCAGCAGUGGCAGAGAUCUGUAAACUCGUAGACGACGACUAUGCGGUGUUUCGUUUAGAAAUAACUCAAAGCCAGAAAGAAAACAGGGCAUUGCGGAGGAAACUACUAGAACUGAAGGUGUCACGGGAGCGCGCAGAGAGGACAAUACGAGAGCGCGUUCUCGCCAGUCGUCCCAGUAGUGUCAAGAUCCUUGACCGAUACAGAGGAAUGGCAAGAGGUGAAGGACAUCUCACUGGAGGCCACAGGAGCAUUGUGAAGCCAUUGGGACACGAUACAUGGAAAGAUGAACAACCAAUCACUGUUGAUGAGGAGAGUAAAACCUCAACCCAGAAUGUUAUUGUGAUAGAGAGGGAGGCUCGUUCGGCUAGUGUUAGUUUAUGCGCAGAUCAAAUACACCGCUGGAACACCGAUUUUAAGUCUACAGAUGCAGAGGCUGCAGGUCCUGAGGUCAAGCAGGAGAGGUCUGAAGGAGAGGAGAACCCGCGGCACAGCAGAGACAUCCAGACUGGAGCAACUGUAGCAACCCAUGUAGCCACGGAGGACCCCACCACCACCCCAGCACAACCCAGGACUCGAUGCAGCAUCAUGGAGGAGGAGGGUCCAGAGGUGCUGCUGGUGAAGGAGGAGGGUUGUGAGGAGGGUCUGGGGAACCCUGAGGGGACCAUGGUCAUAGAGGACAACGAGACUACACCGCUUCCUGAACCCACAGAGGAACCAGCUGAGCAGCACAGGACCACACACAGUCUCACUGAGUCAGUAGACAUGGAAGAUGGGAAGCUGGAUCUGCUGCUGGUCAAAGAGGAGACAAUAGAAGAUGAACCAGAGAGCAUUGAUCUGCUGAGUGGACUAAAGAUGGGGGAGCAAGGUAGUUGGCUGGACGCUAACAGAGGAGACUGGGUGGCCAUCUUGGACUCCCAGAUCCAGAUGGGUGCAGCCAAGUGCCCAGGGGACAUCACCACCGAGCAGGCCAGGACCAAAGGCGACUUAGUGGAGGCCAGGGGAUGGGACAGCAUCCUCAACUCUGGGCUGGGGAACAACACUGUUAACCACAACCAGAAACAGACAAUUGAAUGCAAAACAACCAAACUUAGUCUCCAAGACAACAGACUGGCGGAGACCAGAGCGAGGCGUCGAUUUGGUCUACGGGGAUGGGGAGGUGUUGGUAUGCGGUGGGAGAGAUCAGACACAGACCCGGCUAGCGAUGGUCCAUCCUGCUCCUAUAGUUGUGAUUCAGAGAGACUGAUGGGGCCUCAGGUUAACUCCCUAACAGGUGCUGCCUUCAGCCUGCCUUCUAUAGGAUCUAUCAACUGGAACAUGGACCCUGCGACAACACAGACACUCCCUGGCCUUCGGCCUCACACUCUCCUAAUGUUAAACCAGACCUCAGACAAUGCCAGUGCCUCAACACUAAAUGGCUACACAAGCCCAUUGACAAAUGAGAGUAGCAGAGACGGAAUCAGCAAAGGUGGCAGGGCCAAAGAGAAGCGCUUCCCGUGUUCGUUCUGUGGGAAAGCCUUCAGUUUCCCCAAACAGGUGGAGAUCCACCAGAGGAUGCACACGGGGGAGAAACCGUUUAGCUGCCACCUGUGCCGGGCCAGUUUCUCAGACUCGUCAAACCUGAAGAGGCACCAGAGGGUCCACACAGGGGAGAAACCCUACAGCUGCCCCCAGUGUGAGAAGAGGUUCUCCCACCAGCACCAACUAAAAAUGCACCUGAAGGUCCACACGGGAGAGAGGCCGUUUGCCUGUACGCACUGUGGGAAGAGGUUCUCAGAGAGGAGCUACCUCAGGAUACACCAGAAGAAAAUGCACAUGGCCUAUGUAUAGAGGUGACGUAAUGUAGUACUAGUUUGUUUGUAGUCAAUUCUGUUGUUUUUGGAUUUAGUUGGGAACUGGAUGAGGUGAACUGAGGAAAGAAUGAGAAUGAUGAUACAGUGGCUUGUGAAAGUAUUCACCCCUUGGCAUUUUUACUAUUUUGUUGCCUUACAACCUGGGAUUAAAAAUGAUUUGG